CUUUUACGAUAGGCGGGGAAGCGGGAAAGCAUAUCUUGAACAAAGGCAUAACCACGCUUCUUUUUAUUCACCAUGUCCGCUCGAAAGAAAGUGUUGCUAAAGGUUAUUAUUCUCGGCGAUAGUGGUGUCGGCAAGACAUCCUUGAUGAACCAAUAUGUCAACAAGAAGUUCAGCAGUCAAUAUAAAGCCACCAUUGGUGCUGAUUUUUUAACAAAGGAAGUCAUGGUCGAUGAUAAGCUUGUUACCAUGCAGAUUUGGGAUACGGCUGGCCAAGAACGUUUCCAAUCUUUGGGUGUCGCCUUUUAUCGGGGUGCCGAUUGCUGCGUUCUAGUCUACGAUGUGAACAAUAACAAGAGUUACGAGUCGCUCGGACAAUGGCACGAUGAAUUCUUAGUACAGGCCUCACCAAGAGAUCCUGAUAACUUCCCUUUCGUGGUGUUGGGUAACAAAGUGGACGUCGACGAAUCGAAGCGCAUGGUAUCGCAAAAGCGGGCCAUGGCUUUUUGUCAGGCCAAGGGCAAUAUUCCCUAUUUCGAAACUUCGGCAAAAGAAGCCAUCAACGUCGAACAGGCUUUCCAGACCAUCGCAAAGAACGCAUUGCAGCAAGAAACCGAUGUAGAAUUUGAUUUCAGCGACCCUAUUCGCAUCGAUAGCGACAAUACGAAGGACUACAGCGGAUGCGCUUGCUAA